AUGUGGUCUAACUUCAGUUCAGUCUCCAGCGGGUGCUCUGCUGGUCCUCUGCUGCUAAGACUAAGACCAACGAUGACCGCGGUGAUCAUCGACAUUGAAGGGACGGUGUGCUCCAUAUCUUUCGUCAAGGACACACUUUUCCCUUAUUUUCUCAGGGAAGUCCCUGCCAAACUUGAGCUGUUAGAUUACCCCAUUAAAGUGUCUUCCUCUGUGGAAGACAGUGAGUCUGCCCGUAUAUCUAAUAUAUUGGUAGGAUUCCCUCAGGAAGUCGUUAGUUCCUACGAAACUACUUUGCUGCACAUAACCCACCUAGUUUCAAGCGAUAUCAAGGACCCAGUGCUUAAAUCUUUACAAGGAUUGAUAUGGCUGAUUGGUUACCAUAACGGUGACUUGCGUGCGCCAAUUUACCCCGACGCUAUUAAGCUAAUUGAGUCUUUCAAAGAGGGUGAUCCUACUAGGAAAAUAUACGUUUAUUCUUCCGGUUCAGUUAGGGCACAGAAGCUACUCUUCGGACAUGUUCUGUUUGAGGACCUGAUCGUCGACUUAAAUCCAUAUUUCUCAGGAUACUUUGACAUCACCACGUCUGGCUUCAAACAAGAGUCCCAGUCGUACAAGAACAUCUUAGAGUCGAUUGGUCAAUUGGAAACUCCAGACCAAGUUUUGUUUUUGAGUGACAAUGUAAAGGAAGUAGAUGCUGCAAACUCAGCUGGGAUGAAGAGCAUAGUUGUAGUCAGGCCUGGUAACAGCGAAUUGACCGAAGACGACAGGAAGAGAUUUAAGGUCAUCGAUGAUUUCAGCCAACUACAAAUUUAA